GAAAUAGGAUCUUUAAGCUCGCUGGAUAGGAAGAAAUGUUUCACAGAGAAGAAAAAUGUGGAAUCGCCAAAGAAAGUCCAGACAGGAGUGAAGUUUAGCUGUGAAGACUGUGGUAAAACCUUUAUUAGAAAAUGCACUUUAAACAUGCAUAAGAGAAUCCAUACUGGAGAGAAACCUUUCUGUUGUGAUCUAUGUGGACAAAGAUUUAACCAAAAAGUAAAUUUAAAUAGACACAUGAGAAUCCACACUGGACAAAAACCUUUCUGUUGUGAUCAAUGUGGACAAAGAUUUAACGAAAAAGGAAAUUUAAACGCACACAUGAGAAUCCACACUGGACAGAAACCUUUCUGUUGUGAUCUAUGUGGACAAAGAUUUAACCAAAAAGUAAAUUUAAACGCACACAUGAGAAUCCACACUGGACAGAAACCUUUCUGUUGUGAUCUAUGUGGACAAAGAUUUAACCAAAAAGGAAAUUUAAACGCACACAUGAGAAUUCACACUGGACAGAAACCUUUCUGUUGUGAUCUAUGUGGACAAAGAUUUACUGAAAAAGUAAAUUUAAACGCACACAUGAGAAUCCACACUGGACAGAAACCUUUCUGUUGUGAUCUAUGUGGACAAAGAUUUAACCAGAAAGGAAGUUUAAACAGACACAUGAGAAUCCACACUGGACAGAAACCUUUCUGUUGUGAUCAAUGUGGACAAAGAUUUACUGAAAAAGGAAUUUUAAACACACACAUGAGAAUCCACACUGGAGAGAAACCUUUCUGUUGUGAUCUAUGUGGACAAAGAUUUACUGAAAAAGGAAGUUUAAAUAAACACAUGAGAAUCCACACUGGAGAGAAACCUUUCUGUUGUGAUCUAUGUGGACAAAGAUUUAACCAAAAAGGAAGUUUAAACACACACAUGAGAAUCCACACUGGAGAGAAACCUUUCUGUUGUGAUCUAUGUGGACAAAGAUUUAACCAAAAAGGAAAUUUAAACAAACACAUGAUGAUCCACACUGGACAGAAACCUUUCUGUUGUGAUCUAUGUGGACAAAGAUUUAACGAAAAAGGAAAUUUAAACAAACACAUGAGAAUCCACACUGGACAGAAACCUUUCUGUUGUGAUCUAUGUGGAAAAAGAUUUAGCCAAAGAGGAAGUUUAAACACACACAUGAGAAUCCACACUGGACAGAAACCUUUCUGUUGUGAUCUAUGUGGACAAAGAUUUAGCCAAAAAGGAAGUUUAUUGAAACACAUGAGAGUCCACACUGGACAGAAACCUUUCUGUUGUGAUCUAUGUGGACAAAGAUUUAGCCAAAAAGGACAUUUAAACACACACAUGAGCAUCCACACUGGACAAAAACCUUUCUGUUGUGAUCUAUGUGGACAUAGAUUUACUGAAAAAGGAGGUUUAAACAAACACAUGAGAAUCCACACUGGUCAGAAACCUUUCUGUUGUGAUCUAUGUGGACGAAGAUUUAACCAAAAAGGACAUUUAAACAAACACAUGAGAAUCCACACUAGAGAGGAAAAUGACUAAGGUUUGAAGGCUAAAACAGAUUACGGUCGCUGUAAAAUUUGUGAUGUGAAGUGCAAGGCCAGUGGACAAUUUGCACAAUUUUGGUCAGCCUCAGAUAUAUGGCUACAACUCCUGCAUUCAGCACCGUUAACACGCCUGCUAAUGGAUGCAAUUUAUGCGUUAAAUUUGUGCCUCAUUAAGAAACUAAAACGCCGUAGUUAAUUGUUUUCAUAUUGAAGAAAUGUUUGAAAUAUCUGAGAUGUUACAAUACAAACGGCUGGAUGUUGUUUUGAUAUAUUCAAUAAAGUUUAUAUAUAUCACACUA